AAAAUGGCUACAGAAGGAUGUGGUGAAUGUUGUUAUGCUGUUAUUAACAAUAUUCCAGCAUUUUAUCACUCAGUGGAUUUACGAAAUUUCUUUUCACAGUCUGUGGAAAGUGGACAUUUUCAGUGUUUUCAUUUUAGACAUCGCUCAGAGAAGCAGACGACAGAAAAAGAAGAAAAUUCUAAGGAAACGUCCUUACAAAAUGUAAACAAAAGUGAAAGUAGUAAAACAACAUGUUGUGUUAUAAGACUGACAAGACAUAAUUUCUAUUACCUAUGUCAAAAAUAUAACAAUAAUAAUUGGUUGGAUAAGAAUGGUGAUAUUUUAUCAACCACCUGUCACAUGUCACAAAUUCAAUUUUCAACAGAGAACAAAGAUAAUCAGAAAGAACUUGAAUACAAAACAAAAGUUGAGAUGAAAAAUAUUCCAGAAGAUAGAGUGAAGUUUACUGAAAGUGAUUUGUUAAAACUACCAGAAUUACACCCCCCUCAAAUGAUGCCACAUGGGAACAUUGGGACACCCACAAAAACAUUUCUGCAGUAUAUUCAAGAGUGUAGGCUUCCACCAAAAAUCAUUCAGAAACUUGGUCUCAAAUUUCCCAGGACUAAACCUAAGAAAUUAUUUGGGACAGUUCCUUUUGAUUAUACUCAAAUUUCUAGUCAUGGUACUCAGUUUGAAAACACAAAUAUGGAAACUGAAGAUGAUGAUGAUGGAUGUGAAGAGUGGGAGAGACAUGAAGCUAAUUAUGAUGACCCCUCUAAUAAAGCUAGAAAUAAAGAGAGAUUAUUUGAAGAAAAAAUAGAAUUAAAAUGGGAGAAAGGUGGAAGUGGACUUGUAUUUUAUACUGAUGCUCAGUAUUGGAAAAAAUUUGAAGGAGAUUUUGAUGAACAGUGUGCUGAUGAUUGGGAUGUUGAUAUGAGUUGUUAUUAUGAAGAAGGGGGUGGUGAUAAAGAUUCCAAAGAUCUAGUUACAAUGAGACAAGAAAAACGAAGGAGAAAGGGGAUUGAAGCUACAGACCGAUAUACUGACACAGAAUCAAACAGUAAAAUUGGUAGAUUUGAGAAACAUACAAAGGGUUUUGGAAGAAAGAUCAUGGAAAAGCAAGGAUGGAGUGAUGGUAACAAACUUGGGUCAUCUUCUUCAACUGGCUUAGUUGAAGCCUUAGAAAACGAUGGUCAGAAUCCUCAAGAUAAAAAGGGCUUUGGUUAUUACGGAGAAAAGCUUCAGAGAUUCCAGCCGUCAGUUAGAAAAAUACCAAAAAUAGAGAAAAAUGAACAUUUAAUAACUACUGUUUAUGAUAAUCCUGCAGUGACAGAUCCUGAUGAGCCUUUACUGCGGCGUAAUGAACCUUACAUAAUCAAACAUAGACCUAGUGUCGGCCAUAUUGAAUUUCUUAAAGGCAUAGAUUCUUGAUAAAAGUGUAAUCCAGGAUCUAGAAGACAGCCUUAUUACAUGAUGCAAUAAUGUUCUAUUUUAGAUCUUGAACCAUACAACUGGAUAGUUUUAUAAUCCAUAAAAAGUGAGGUCCUGUGAUUUUGAAUCAUGAUCCCAUUUGAAAGGGCUUUUAAUUUUUUUUUAGUGACACUUCUUUUUUUUUAAUUCAAAACAUUAUUCUGAAGAGACAAAUAGAUUAACAUUGAUUGUUGAGACUUGAGGAAUGCUCAGGAAUAUUUCAUUUUUAAUAUAUAUAAUACAAUUAAAAAAAAACAAAUAAUAAUUAAUAAUAUUUUGUAUACUUGGAUUACCUGUCCAAAAACUGUCUGGCAAAUAGAGCCAUAUCAACAGCCCUGAUUUAUAGCAUUCAUGUCGACAAUGGUUAAGUUUUAGCAAGAGAGCAGAAUAACUUUGUUACCUUGGUUAUUGGUAACACAAAAAUGAAGUAUUUCAGAUCAUUUUUGAAGUUAUCGCACACAUUCACUCUCAUCUCAACACUAACAAUAAAAGAUAAUAUACCACAGUCGACUAUUCAAAAUGAUGCCUUUUUCUUUUUCCGCAAAAGAUUUGUUAAAAAUCUAUCGAAGCGGGACAGUGUCUCGUCUUGUUUUUGGAGUAAAUUCUGUUGAUGGAAUAUAUUUUCUCUUUGAAUGUCAACAAAUUCUUUAAGGAACGAGCACACAUCUUGAUUGUUAGACCCACCUAAUUUUUCACGUUUCCUCUUGUGACAUGUAUGAAUACAAUUACAGGAAGGCGUCACGAUUUCUUCUUCACUCAAACAUUCAUCAUCUAAUUCACUUGCUGAAUCAAGU